ACUGCUGUUAAUAGGUUUAGGAGAACAGUGAGUCUACCACUGUAGCAAUUGAAAUCCAGGAAGGGAAAUGUGAGGUAAAGAUGCAGAGAAAUGGAAACUUUGGCUAGAAAUCGAAGCCUUAAACCAGAGUCCAUUCAUAGCUUUGAAUGUAUCUAAAGACAGUAUCAAAGGUUUCACCAAAAUCCUUAAGAGAGGAUGACCAAGACUCAGGAAGGAGACCUAGAUCACUAGGGGAACAUUCUUCACAAAAUCCAUACUGAUGAUCAGGGAGGUUGUGAGCAUGUGGAUGCUUCACAGUUUCUUUGUUGUGUAGUUAACAUUGUCAAUUUUGGUGUUGUCUUUAUGUUGAUGUGAUGGAAGGAUAUGUUGAUGUGGUGGAAGGAAAAUCAGAGUCCACAAAUGCAAAACAGCAUCCUUCAAUUUUCCUCCAUAAGUCCUCCGUUUAUUUAAAUUUUCUCAUGUUUCCAUGCCUAAUUAUUUUUCCUUAAGGUACAAUGUUAACAUUUUUCUCUUUAAUUCUAUCAUCCCUCUCUUCUUUAUUUGGAAGUGUAGUGUUUAUUGAGUUGACAUACCUUGUAGGCAAGAUAAGAAACAGAUGAAUCAUGGGAUGCAUGGCUGAUACAGAUUGGUCAUGAUGGGCUUCCACAAGGAGGAAAAUGUCACACUGGCCCUUGCUAUUAAGUUCAUAGUGAAACCAUCCAAGAAUAAGGUAUAUACUGUAUUACAUAAAAGAAAAAAAAAUUAUGUACCUUAGCAAGUACAGUGGUACCUCAGGAUACAUUUGCUUUGGAGUAAGUUCAAUUUGGUAUACGUCCUGUUUGGACACAAAAAAAUUUGCUUGGUAUACGACCUUUGUUUGGAAUACGACAUGCUAGAACUAGUAUGAAUCAAAACGAGUCACAACAUAGUGCACUACCCUUGUUUUCCUCUCUCAAGACAAAGUCACGACUGCCCACAAACAGUGUUGCCAAGUUGGCAGGACUUUCCUUCCAAACAAUAACAUCUCCCUUCUCAGCAUCAUCUUACUAGGCACUUGACUCUUCUCAGCAAGGUAAAGUGAAGUUAAAUUUUCAUCUAAAUGCUUUUGUAUUUACCAUAUUUGACACCUUUUUACAUAAAUUUUUUUCUUGAAUAUGCUGCUGAAAUGAGGUGCAUCUUAUAUGCUCUUUCAUCUUAUAUACCAUUAAAUACAGUAUGUAUUUUUAGCAUUAAGCAGUGUUUAAAUUUUAUAUAACCCCAUCAAUGUACUGUAUAAUAUUCAAAUAACUAAGAUUUUUUUUUUCAUGGGAAUGGAUUAAUAAUUUUCCCUUUAUUUCUUAUGGGAAAAAUUUGUUUGGUAUAUAUGUCCUGUUUGCUACAAGUCCAAGGAUCUGGAAUCGAUUAAGGAGGUACCAAGGUACCACUGUACACUGAAAUUUUGGCCAGUAAUUUUUCUCCUUUUUGCUAAGGGAUGGCUCCAUGAUAUCAGGUGGCUUUUUAUUUUUUAUUUUAUUUUAUUAUUUUGUUCCUAUAUAUAUAUAAAUCUUUAAGUGUUGUUCAUUAAUUAAAAGUGGACAAAAUUUCUUAAUGGGUGGUCCUGUGAUCUUCAGGAGUUUUCAGUCCUUGAAUUCAGUUAAUUGCUUUGGUUUUCUAAACUGUUGUGUGAUAUAGUGAAUUUUUUUUUAUUUAUUAUUUUUUCAGGCCAGUCAUGUAUCAAAAUUUGAGUUUUUGGGGUAAAAAAAUUGAUAACUUGUAUUGAGCUCAGAACUUACAAAAAGAGUAAAAAUAUCUCAUAGGUGAUUUCUUAUGAUUCUCUCUCCCUCCCUCCAUAACUUCAUUUGAAUUAGUUAUUUUUCUUAGUACUUGCCUUUGUACAUCAGAAAAGCAUUUAAGUUAUGUAAGUUUUUUCUGUUUAAGGAUCCAUCCUAUGAUACCACAAGAGUUUUUAGGACCAAAUUUUUGACUGAGGAAGUAUAUAAAAAAUGAGAAAUGACUAAGACUGUCUAUGAUUAUGAUAGAUGCAGUGAAUCAUCCUCACUAGAGGAAGACUUCCAGUGAAGUGGAAGGGGAGAAAGAAUGAGGGGGAUAGAAAGUACAUGGAGGGAAUAUGUUACUGUAGUAAAGCAUAUGUACCUCACGUCAUUAUUCCUCAGUAUUUAUAAGUGAAAUGUUCAAUAGUUUUCUAUUUGCAUGAAAACGUGUAAUAUGUGCAAGUAUGAGUAUUCAAUGCUAUAUUAAGCACCAAAGCCGAUGCUCACUUGUUAGUAGAGUGUGGUUAACCCACUGAUCGCCUGCAGGCAUCACUCACGGCCAAGUCGCGCUCAGACAAAGACGGUUCUUACCUACCUCAUCAAUAAACAAGAGAGAGAGAGAACUGCCUUACCUCGAUCCUACGAUGCUGGGUGUGAUCAGUAAAACAGAUCACCUGAGAGCCAAUUGAUGCCCAGCUGGUGCAGCUUCAGUAAGAACUCGACCUACAAGCAAGAAAUUGGGUCCGUGUGAAACCUCGUCCUGAGUCACAGGAUGAGGGGACGCUGACGUAAGCCUAUAGGUUGAGCUCUGAGGCCCCAGGGUUAGCUCUAUCCUUGACAACAACCACUCCCUUCUACCCACUGUGCCUCGCCACCAUUUUGUAGAACCCAUGGUCACAGGCAAGAAAGUAUAAUAUUAUGUAUGUGCACUGAACUGAGUAGCCUAAGUGAAAAUUACCCAUAAUUAGCUAGUAUUAGAGUGGUAAUUUUAAUUGCUCUUUCAGUGUCUCAGUACUGACACAAUUAAGUUGUUAGAUAUGUCUGAUACUGAGGAAAUUAAUGCCGUAGAUGGCCUUAGGGAAGGUGAGGGUGAGCAAGUGGACAAGGGUCAAGCUUGUAAUGAAGUUAGUGUCAGGGAGUGAGUGCUGACCGACAAAGGAAGAGAAUAUCAAGUCAGUGUAACCAAGGGAAGAGCAGAGUCCUGUAAGCGUAAAUGGAGCAGUGUUACCAGUAAAAUUAAGAAAGGACUAAAAAUUGUAAUUAGCCCCUUUGAAUUAGAGCCCAUGUCAAGUGAAGUAAUAGAGGCAUUUCAUCAGUAUUAUGUGGAAUACACAAAACUGGUGCAACUAGAGCCAGAAAAGUCAGAGGAGCUAAAUGAAGAGCUGGAACACAAUCAACGAGUUCACCAUGAAAUAUUAGAAAGUAUAGAAUGUAAAAGAAAAGAGUUAAAGAAUGACAAAGGAUCAAUUUGUUCUAGCAAACGGUCUAGGCAUUCUAGAGUCUCAUCUACUUCAUCACGUUCAUCAGCACAAAGAAAGCAAGAAGCAGCAGCAAAGGUAGCCAGACUUAGAAAGGAAAUGGAAUAUCAUGAUAGCUAACCUAACUUCUGCCUCUGCUAAACUAAGAUAAAAGCAGAGGCAGAAGUUAUGUUAGCUAAGACAAAAGCAGAGGCAGAAGCAAUGUUCUCAAAGAAAAGGAAAGAGAGAUUUAGCAGUCGCUAGUGCAGAACUUAAUGCUCUUAGCUUAGUUGAAGAAGUAAAAAUGCUUCCAGGUAAUGAUGAAAGUGUAGAGAAGCAAAGUUAUCUUCAACAAUACAUAGAGUCACAAAAUGAAAUGAAAGCAUAAGCAAUUGCAAAUCAACAAAGUCACAAUGCCAUGCCUCACAAAUAUGUUACAUUCCAUGACCCACAGGAACCUCCUCCUUGCAAUAGAGAUAAUGAAUUGAUGACAAAUGAAGUAGAUGGACAAAUAUUUAGUGAACCUCAGGCAACAAAUCUCAACCCUACAGCUCAAAGUCUUGUACCAAGUUCUCAUAGACACUAAUAAUGUCAACAUGCCUUAUAAUGUGAGACAGAAUCAUCAAUACUUUUCCCAUCCUGGGGGAACCUUUGCAAUCAACAUACCUGAUCCCAAGUGGAGCCUCCCUCCAAUAGAACCUAACACUUUUGAUGGAGAACCCAUGGAAUUUCCAAGUUGGUUGAAAAACUUUGAAACUUAUGCAGAAUCUAAAACUUCUAUUAGUAGAGAGAGACUUGCCUACUUAGACAGGUAUACAACUGAUGAGGCAAAGGAUGCCAUUAAAAUGUUAAUGCACUUAACUCCGAUGCUGACUAUGUGCAAGCAAAGAAAAUUCUUAGGGACAGAUUUGGAAACAAAAGCAUCAUAGCUGAUACUUACACAAAAAAGUUAAUGAAUUGGCUACCAAUCUCUCCGCAUAAUGGUCCAGCAUUAACAGCAUUCUCAGAUUUUUUGAAGUGCUGUUUAGCUGCAAACACUUCUCAUUUGUCAUUUCUGAAUGACCCUACAGAGCAGAGAAAGGUGCUAGCAAAACUCCCUGAACAUAUUGUUCAUGACUGGAGAAAGCAAGUAAUGAUAUAUCUUAUGUAAUAACAAUAAUAACAACACUCCUAGUAGUGAUGAAGAGCACCACCCACCCUUUGAAAUGUUAUGUGAAUCUGUCCAGAAAGAAGCAAAAGGAGCAAGCAAUCCCUUUGUUUCCUGGAAUUCAGGAAGUAAGGAAGUAAAUGACUGGAUCAAAACUCACACAAAGGCAACCAAUUGGAAACCAAAGGAAUCAAACAUCAUGACAAAGAAUAGAGGGAGUAGAACUUUCAUGGCAAAAUCAAUUGAGGAAAAACCAAUGUUGUCAUUCCAAAGUAAAUGUACAAGCCAACAAACAGCAUCCCAAGGACCUGGAAAGGAAAGGAUGAUUCUGUCACUACUGUACAAAGGAUCAUGAUUUAGAUGAUUGCAAGGAAUUUGCCAAACUUGAUAGUAAUACUAGGUACAAAUUUGCUAAAGAAAAAUGGUUAUGUACAGGGUGUCUAAAAAUGGGUCACAAAGAAAAGGAUUGUAGAAGAAGGAAAGUUUGUAAAGUAUGUCAUUGAUACCAUCCCACAGCUCUUCACAAUGAUGAUAUGACAAGAACUGAGAACCAAAGGGUGCCAGCACAAACAACUCAGCCCAAAGAGGAUAAACCCACAGUAGUAGCAAAUAAGGUCAAAGUUACAGAAUCAGUGACACAUGACAUGCACACCAUGAUAGUUCCUGUAUGGUUGCAUAAUGUUAGUAAUGAAGAGAGUAAAGUUUUAGUGUAUGCCCUGCUGGAUGAGCAGUCUGAUGCUUCAUUCAUCAAGGAAAGCAUUCUGAAUAAAUUGGGAGUUAGCGGACCAUCAGUGUCACUUAAUAUCCACACAAUAAGUGGAAAACAAAUCACUGAUUCUAUCAAAAUUCAUGGACUUAAAGUAAGAGGUUAUAAUGAAGAAGUGGAAAUAUCAAUCCCUUCAGCAUAUUCAACAGAAAACAUUUCAGCUGGACGGAGUCAGAUACCAAGGCCCGAGACUGCUUUUGACUGGCCCCACUUAAAGGCAAUCUCUGACAAACUAAUGAAAUAUGACCCAAACGUUGACAUAGGACUCCUCAUUGGUCUUGAUUGUGCAGAAGCCAUUAUGGCAGAAGAGCAAAUAGCAGGUGAUAGCAAGAAGCAUCCCUAUGCUCCUAGGACAGAGCUAGGUUGGGGGAUCAUUGGUAGAAUUUCACCCCAUUCAAGUCCAUUGGAGGAUGCAGUGGUAGUCUACAGAACAGUGACACAAAAAGUAGAAAUCAAUGAAGAAAAGAGGGUUAAUUUCUUAGUGGUUCCUACUAAAACCAAAGAGAUGGCUAAUCCUUCUCAAGUGAGAGAUAUGUUUGAACUUGACUUCAGUGAUAGAAAGUCAGCUGACACUCCAUUAUCAUAUGAAGAUAAAAGGUUUAUGAGUAAGAUGAAAGGAGGAGUACAUCAGCUGAAGGAUGGCCAUUAUGAGUUGCCCCUUCCUCGCAAAGAUGAUAACGUCAAGUUUCCAAACAACAAACUAUUAGCCGAGCAGAGACUCAAUAAGUUAAGAGCUAAACUUGGGAAGGAUAAUCAACACAAAGGUGAUUACAAAGUGUUCAUGGAUGAUAUGAUUACAAAAGGUUAUGCAGAGGUAGUACCAACAAAGGAUUUAGUUAGGAAUGAUGGUAAGGUCUGGUACAUUCCACAUCAUGGAGUCUAUCAUCCGAGAAAGCCAAAGAAGUUGAGAGUUGUCUUUGACUGUAGUGCAAACUACAGGAACCAGUCAUUAAACAGUCACCUGUUACAAGGCCUAGACCUUACCAACAAACUUAUUGGAGUGUUGUGUAAGUUUAGGCAAGAAAGCAUUGCACUUGUAUGUGAUAUAGAAGCAAUGUACCAUCAAGUGAAGGUCAACCCAGAACACAGAGACAUGUUAAGAUUCCUUUGGUGGGAAAAUGGUGACCUUAAUAAUGAGAUAGCUGAAUACAGGAUGACAGCUCACCUGUUUGGAGCUACAUCAUCUCCAAGUGUAGCCAACUUUGCACUUAAGAAAGCUGCAGAUGACUAGGGGUGUGGAUCUGAUGCAGCCAAGUUUGUAAGAAACAACUUUUAUGUUGAUGGUUUGAAGUCAGUAGCUACAAUGGAUAAAGCUGUCACUCUUAUUCAGCAGAGCAAAGAAUUAUGUUACAAGGGAGGUUUUAACCUUCAUAAGUUCUUGUCAAACAACAAAGAUGUAUUAGCUGCAAUUUCUCCUUAUGAGAGAGCAGAUGGAAUUAAAAGUUUGGAUUUUAGUAAGAAUGAAGACACACUGCCUAUAGAAAGAACUUUGGGAGUUGAGUGGUGCAUAGAAUCUGACACAUUUCAAUUCAGAAUAAAGCUGAAAGACAAGCCACUCACCAGGAGAGGCAUUCUCUCAACAGUGAGCUCUACAUAUAAUCCAUUAGGUCUAGUGUCACCUCUCAUACUGACUGGAAAGCAAAUUUUACAAGAAUUACGUAAGAAUGCAGUUCAGUGGGAUAAUGAGGUGCCAGAUUAUGUCAAACCUAAAUGGAUAAAGUAUCUCCUGAUCAUGAUGGCCUAGUAAGAAAGGUUAAGGUCCUGGUGUCAGACUGUAAUCUCGACAACCAGGGAAGACACACACAGGCAAACAGGACCAUCAUAGAGAGGCCAGUACAUAGUCUAGUAUUGCUGUUAGAAGGUAAUGCAUAAUAAUAGACUGGAGCAUCCCCGCCAAGGAGCCAGUGUAACAAAACAUAUGUGCUAAUCCUAGUUUUAAGGUACAUACUAAUGUUAAUUUAAGGUAAAUUGUUACACAGUUUAGGGGAGCCAUGUUACUGUAAGUAAAGUGUAUGUACCUCAUGUCAUUAUUCCUCAGCAUUUUUAAGUGAAAUGUUCAAUAGUUUUCAUCAAUAGCUUUUUCAGUUCAAUAGCAUGAAAACGUGUAAUAUGUGUAAGUAUCAGUAUUCAAUGCUAUAUUAAGCACCGAAGCCGAUGCUCACUUGUUCGUAGAGUGUGGUUAACCCAUUGGUCGCCUGCGGGCAUCACUCACGGCCAAGUCGCGCUCAAAGACGGGCAGGAUGGUGACCGAGGUAAAUACUUUAAUUUUGUAGUAAAAACUGAUUGUCAUAGUGCCAAGUUAAUUGCACGUAUUGUUAAUGAAUAUUGUAAUAUGUUGAAAGUGUUUAAUAUCAGUGUAUAAUGUUAUUUUGUAAGAAAUUGAGACCCAGAACUUGUUCGCAUUUCUUACGGUCAUGCCUACCUCAUCAAUAAACAUCAGAGAGA